AUGCCAAUUGACAGCAAAGGAUGUGGUAUGCUGUGUGAAGCCUGCCAGAAAAUCUUUCGCGGGCAGCAGAUCCUGAGUACCUUUUCGAAGACAUCUGACGACCAGUCGUCUGAUUGGAACCCCCAGGCACAUCACCCCUCUCUGCAGUCCUUUCUCAAUGCCUCGGACUCGGGUUGCCCCGUCUGUUAUGAGUUUCGGUCUUCAAUAGGGGAAAACCGCCUAGAGAUAUUCUCAGAUUCUUCCACGUCGGACGAGUUCUCGUAUUGGACACUUCAACAAGAAGGUGGUGGAUAUGACCUGAGCCUUGAGCUUGAUGACGACUACGCCAAGCUCAUCGAAGAGCGCUUGGACCUGCGCCUCGAAGUUCUUCCACUUCAAAUCUAUGAUGGACCGACGGAAAAUAACUCCCUGCUUGUAGGUGAUAGUACCGCUUCAGACGCAGCAUUUACUCAAGCAUUCAAAUGGUACAAAGAAUGUCUUUCCAUGCAUACUGCGUGUAAUUCCAGUAGCCAUUACCUGCCUUCAAGACUCCUCAGUCUCUCUGAGAACGACGCAGGGACUAUUAGGCUGGUUAUUACGGAGACCGAAAGAAAGGUAAUAGAUUGCUACGCAACACUCAGCCACUCUUGGGGCGAUUCAAACAUCAUCACUCUUCUGUCUUCAACGCUUGAUUCGUUCAAGCAGAACAUCUCUCUCGAGUUACUGCCAAAAACCUUUAUAGAGGCAAUUGCCGUCUGCCGCCGGUUUUCAAUAUCUUAUCUAUGGAUUGACUCGCUCUGCAUCAUCCAAGACUCUGUAGCCGAUUGGCGCGCCGAAGCCGCGUCGAUGGAAGGCGUCUACAGCAGCAGCAGGCUCAAUAUCAUGGCCACCGCUUCUCGAAACAGCCACGACGGGCUCUUCCGAUCACGCGACCCGAGACAUCUCGCACUGUGCAUCGUCGAGUCGGAAUGGACUGAUGCCGGGAAUGACCGAUUCAGUAUAGUGCAAGACGAUAUGUGGCAGAUUGAGAUGACGGACGCGCCUCUAAACCAGCGAGGCUGGGUCCUCCAGGAACGCAUCCUACCGCCGCGCGCCCUUCACUAUGGCCAGAAACAGCUACUCUGGGAAUGCAGAGAGCUAGACGCAUGCGAGAAAUAUCCAACAGGUCUGCCAAAAGCCUUGCGUAAUAUCCACACGGGAGUCAAGAUCACCGAUCCAGUGGCCAACCGACUUUACGAACACGGCUGGAAAUCCAGAGAUAGGGACAGUGUUGACAAAGAGAAACGCCUGGAGACGGUGAUAGACUAUGCGUACGAGCUUUGGAGUCGCUGGAUCUACACGUACAGCAGCAUGCGGUUCACUCGGUACUCAGAUCGGCUGAUCGCUUUCAGCGGGCUCGCUAGUCGCAUGCGGGCCAUCCUCCGAGACGAAUAUGUCGCAGGAUUAUGGCGGUCCAGGCUCAUCGACGAGCUGCUGUGGUUUACCUUCGGCAAUGGCUCGAUCGAGUACGAGCUCAGGCCUUACCGGCCGCCCGACGGCGGUGCACCUAGCUGGUCAUGGGCGUCUCUCACCGGAGAAGUCGUCACUAGCAAGGUCGAUCAGUUUACCAGCAAGGUCUACCACCUUGAUCUGAAAGCGGUCAAUGUGACGCCGGUUUCCGGGAGAGAAGACGAUGCUAACAACAAUAAUACAAGCGCCAUAUUGGACGGCCAGAUCCGGAUAAAAGGAUUUCUCAAGCGAGCAACCCUACUCAAAAACGUAUAUCACAUGCCAGAAGAAGAUUAUGAGGCUCCUGCGACGAUUUACAGUGUUGAGGUUGAUGGGAUACAACCAUUCGACACAUUUGUCGACGAGCCCAUGGCAAAUCGGGACACAAUGGGGAUUGUCGUCCUCCCUGUGCUUACAAAUUUGAAGGACUCGGAUUCGGAUUCGAAGAACAAAGAACUGCAUGCAUUGCUGCUUCGGAGGCCAGCCGGAUUGCCUAGAGGGUUCUAUGCGAGGGUAGGCUAUGUGUCCGGACCAGAAAAGGAGUUCUCUGGCAGCCAGUUGGGUGACUUUUUUUACAACUACCAGACUGCUACCCCCGCGCAAGGAAAGGGAAGAGGCGGUACGGUGUUUCGAAAUGCGCUGCGAAAGCUGGUCCGGGUAAAAGAGCCGAGUGGAUCAGGAGACUCAUGGCCAAAGCUGGGGGACGAAAAGCUGUAUCUUCCAGGUGCCUAUGGGGAGUUCAUCCUUGUUUAA